AUGUCUAACAUAAACACUGCACUUUGCAUUGAAAAUAUACAGAAUGCAGAUUUGUCUCUCUUACAAAAGGAUACUCUUCAGGAUGGUGGAUUAAGCCAGCUUUUGGAUUAUAACGCUGAAAUGGAAAGGUACAGGUCUUUUGCAAACUUUUAUAAAGCCAAUGGGGCAUUUCCACAGACUGCCAAGAUUGCCCGCAUCACGACGCCCAUUUUCCCCAGUGCUAGAAUUGGCAUGUCCCCUUGGAACUGCGAUAACGCCAUGCUUUGGGGAAGGAAAUCAGCGGCAAUAAACCCUAAUAGGACCAGCAUGCAUAGAAAUGACUCCCAGAGGCCGGGGAAGCCUGGCGUGCCGCCAGAGACGCUGCAAAUGGCAAAUAAUAAUUUCCUCUCUACCUUAUCCCCCGAACACUGCAGACCUUUAGCAGGAGAAUGCAUGAACAAGCUGAAAUGCGGCGCUGCUGAAGCAGAGAUAAUGAAUCUCCCAGAACGCGUUGGAACUUUUUCUGCUAUUCCGGCUUUAGGGGGCAUCUCAUUACCUCCCGGGGUCAUCGUCAUGACAGCCCUUCACUCCCCCGCAGCCUCAGCAGCCGUUACAGACAGUGCGUUUCAAAUUGCCAAUCUGGCAGACUGCCCACAGAAUAAUUCCUCGGCAUCCAGUGGAAACCCAGCGAAGAAGAAAAGGAAAAGGUGUGGGGUCUGUGCACCCUGCAGGCGUCUAAUCAACUGUGGUGUCUGCAGCAGUUGUCGGAACCGCAAAACGGGCCACCAGAUCUGCAAAUUUAGGAAAUGCGAGGAGCUGAAAAAGAAGCCAGGCUCAUCGCUGGAGAGGACACCGGUCAACAGUGGCGAAGCUUUUCGGUGGUUCUUUUAGAGAAGCGAGCCACGGCCGCUCCCGUCCAGCGAGAGGACAGGUGGGAUUCUUGACUCUCUGCCAGGAGCACUUCUUAGGUUCACAGAACCCAGUGCACUCGACACAUUUGGAGAGGACGAGAGAAGAAAAAGGGAAAAGGGGACAGACAAAAAGAUAAAUGAAAACAUAAUGGUGUUGUUUAAACUCUGUAAUUUCCUUUUCCGUGUAAUUAUUGUACCUUUUGACAGUAUCAUAAUGUAUAUUUUUGGUGUCUAUGAAUGUUUUCAGUGUUGUGGCUGUAGUUUCACAGCCAAUCCCGUGUAAAGGACUCACACAGACAAUCAUACAAUCAUCCGGAAUCCGUCAAAAACAGAGGAGGCCACAAGGAUUGAUGACAUCACAAAGCGCCACAAAAACUACACUCUGGAGCAAUAAUCUAUUCUUUUGAUUAUUCUUCAACUUUAAUUUUUUUUAAUUUUUAUUUUUUUAAACUCUUCAUCUCCCUUUUAUGAAGCUAAUUCACCCUCUAGUUUUGUCUGUUAUUCAAACUGAAAACCACAUAUUGAAAUGGCAGUGUGAUGUGUCUUGCUGAGAGCAACAGUGUGAUGAAUGGCAGCAGUGCUUCUGUGAUGGGCUCGAUGUUUGAGUGGACUCACUGCCAUACAGGGCAUAUUGUCUUAUGUGGUGAGUCGCUCUUCUUUAAAAUCUACUUUUGUCCAUUUGACUGUGACAGGUUGAAGGUCAUACUUUUAAAGAUGGUUAAGGGACAUGUUUUUGUUUUGCUUUUAUACUUUAGCUAUCAAACCUUUUGGUUUCAGUUUGGAUCCCUUAAGGUGGUUAACUGUCUAAAAGGUAGGGAGCAAUGCCAGUAAAGCAGCUGUAGGUUAUUUUGAAAACAUUCAAAUUAGGAUUAAUUACAGAAUACUCUACGUAUUUAAUAUGUCAGAUGUUGUUCUGGAGCUAACCUCCCCUGCAGAGCAAACGGCAGUCCUUUCUCCUAUAAAUUAAUGUUAAAACAUUCCAAAAAUUAAAAUUAUUCAAUAAGUUA